UUUUUUCAAUAUUGAGGUUUAUCAUGUCUGCUUUCAAUUUUGAAAAUUGUGCUCUGUUACCUAAUAGGGCAUUGUUUUCUUCUACCCUUUUAACUCGGAAUAGAUGAUAUUGCUCACAAUCACCUAUAUUCUAGAGAAAAGCAAAAAUAAGUAAAUGAGGGGGUGGGGGAGGAUAACGGAAUGAGGGAGUGAUAACGGAAAAUUGUACACAUUUUUUAUAUUUGUACGUAGAAUCUUUCUUAAAAAAAUUUUUUUAAUAAAAAAAAAUUUUCUUGAAUUUUUGAUAUGUAAAUAUUCAAUUAUAUUUAAAAAUUCUUUUUAAUUUUAUUUUUCAGUUAAAAAAAUUUUUUUUUCGAUUUUUAAAAGAAAAAAUGGAUGACCAACAACAACAACAACAAAUAAAUACAACAAAUUCUUCUCACCAAAUUUUAUCUCCCCCAAAUACAACAACUACAGCAUAUACACAAUUAAGAAGUGUAGUAGCCCCACAACAAUCAUCAACAACAACAGCGACAAACUUUUCUCCUUUACAACAACAAUUGGGAGGAAAUGAGGGUUUUGGACACCAAGUACAACAACAAACACAGCAACAAAUAAAUAAUAAUAAAAAAAUUAUUUAUUCUCCACAACAUAACAAACAACAACAGUGGAUGAAGAACCCAAGUCCUUCAAUGGCAGCACCCCCAACUCCUCUCCAUCACUACCAACAACAAUCACAGCAACAACAACAAUUUAUACCUUUGCAUCACUCACAAUCUGAACAUUCAAUUUUACAACACAAUUCGCCUACAAUUUUACAACAAUUAAAUUCAGCCCCGUUGGCUACAACAAAUGUUUCUACAACAUCCUCUCCUUCAAAUGAAAGCGUUGAACAACGUCAACAACAACAAAUUUCGAACAAACAAAAUUAUAUUCAGCAACAACAAUUUCAACAAAAACAUCGUCCAAUAGAAAUGUUGUAUUCUCAAAACAACAAUAGAAACAUUCCUCUCCAACAUGAAACUUCUGAAACUCCAACAGAUAUUGGAACAACAAACACUGGAAACAUUGUUUUACAACUACAACAAAACACGCAGCAACAACAAAAUUAUCCUUCGAGUUCAUCAGGACCUAUUCGUAUAAAACAAACAAACAACAACAAUCCUUUAAACAUACAACAACAUAAUUCGUCUUUUGUCCCACUCUCUCAACAACAUCCACAACAUCCACCACCACAACAACAUCAACGUAUUCUUAUUCAUCAUCAAAACAAUCCUUUAAUGACUUCACCAGAACUAACAACAACAACAAUAAAUCCAACAAACAUUCACCCCCAACACCAACAACCUAUACAUUCGUCUUAUAUUGGUUCACAACGUUUUGCUAUGUUUGUUUUAAAUGAUAUGGAUACACAAAGUUUAUCUCCAAAAACAAAAUAUAGAGAAUUAAAGAAGAAAUUUAAAUUUUUGGUUUAUGAGAAUGAAUAUUAUCAGGAAGAAUUGCGUAAUUUACAGCGUAAACUACUCAAAUUAUCUAGAGAUAAAAAUUUUUUGCUCGAUAGACUUGGACAACAUGAAAAUUUGAGUGAAUCUAGUGAUGAUUCUGAUACCUCUACGAAAACUUUGGAUGAUAAAGGGAUUCCUAAACCUAAACGAAAACGUCCUUCACAAGCAAGAAAAAGACCAGCACCAAAUACAACAACAACACCAAAUUCAUUAACAAAUAACACUUCACAAAAGCGUAAGACUGGUGGUGGAGGUGCUGCUAGGAAGAAAGAGGAAACGGACAAAAAUAUUCAAAAACCAGAAAAAGAAGACAAUCAACAAGAACAACAAAAAAUUGAAAUAAUAAAAAAAGGUGAAGGAGAAUCAAUUAAUAUAAUUGGAACUAAUAUAGUAAGCAGUAGUAGCAGUAGUGGAGGAGGGAGUGGAAUUAAUUUAAAUAAUGACCAACAACAACAACAACAAAUUUCACCUCCACAACAAAAGAGACAAAAAGUUGAAUUAAAAGAAGAACAAUUGGAGAAUAAUAAUUGUGUUUUUGAGAAUGUUACAAGUACAAGUAAUAGUGGAUUAAAUGAAGGGAGAUGGAUCGGAAAAUAUUAA